GUUAUUUGCAAACCAAAUCAGGUGUUGCUGUUACUUCAUGCAAGUGGUAAUGAAGCCUUUAUCUUUCAAACCUAGUCCUUUUCUAGCUCUUGUAUUUUGUUGCAAUGCGUUGUUGUGGGUCACAAUCAUGUCGGAGGGUCCUCUGUUUGUCAACGUGAACAAAUGGAUCUUGGAGAAUGAGAAUGAGUUUCUCCCACCAGUAUGCAACAAACUAAUGCACGAACAGCAGCUGAAAGUCAUGUUCGUUGGAGGACCCAACACAAGAAAAGACUAUCACAUCGAGGAAGGAGAAGAGUUCUUCUACCAGCUGAAAGGAGAUAUGUGUCUGAAGGUAGUUGAAAAUGGAAAACACAAGGAUGUGCACAUCAAAGAAGGAGAGAUGUUCCUGCUGCCGGCCCGCAUCCCCCAUUCCCCCCAGAGAGAAGCCAACACUGUAGGACUGGUGGUGGAGAGGAUGCGCCUACCCACUGAGACGGACUGCCUGAGGUACUAUGUUGACAAUUCCACAGACAUUCUGUUUGAGAGGUGGUUCUUCUGUCAGAACCUAGGAACGCAACUGGUGCCUAUCAUAAAGGAGUUCUUUGCCUCGAAUCAGCAAAUAACAGGAAAACCUGAUCCAAACGAAAUCUUCCGGCAGCCUCCGUUCCCCAUGAACACCAUGAACGUGAUGUCCCCAUUCUGCUUCAAGGACUGGCUUGAUAAACAGAGGGGCCCCCUGGCCGCCGGGGGCCACAUAGACGUGUUCGGAGCGCAGUUCGAGACUGAGGUGAUUCUGUAUGGAGCCGGGCAGACAGAGCUGUGUACGGAACAAAAUGAUGCUUGGAUUUGGCAGCAGGAGGGCUCGUCAACAGUAACUAUAGAAGAUCAGGAAUUUUCUCUUUCUUCUGGAGACAGUUUACUUAUUCUGGCGCAGAGCCAGUAUCAAUGGCUGAGGGAAAAUGGUACUGUGGCCUUGUUCGUGGUUCAGAACCCAGAGAGGAAAAUACAUUGAUCAGAUGCUCUUCUUUCACAAACACACACUCAAGAACACAUAUCCAACUCUAUACGUUAUGGUCCAAUCAUUUCACUGCUUGACUUUUAGGAUGGAUUCCAGUGCUUUGAACUGCGGUAUAUUCUGCCUUAACUAUUCAACUUCUGUACCCAGUUGAAGAGCAAACUCUAUGAAAUAUUAUUAAAAGUUAAUUAUACACUUCUUUAGAAGUGUUAGUACUCCAA